AUGGUUUGCUGUCGUUCCUCGAAAGUGGAAGAUCGAAAAGUGAAGAAACCUUAUUUAGGAGGAUGGAAGCACAAAUUGACGAGAAUAGAAUACUUAAACGCCGAGUCGCAGACAGGCCCGUUAAGAAUGCCAGCGAAAGAAACGUGCAGCAAGAAAGUGCAAUACAUUUCUUGGACCGAGGUAUUCACACAAACGCCGUGCCAUCAUCCAACGCAAAUGUGGAGACCUGAUUGUUUCGUAUCGAGCGAGAAGGACAAGCUGAUAACGUCGCAACCGUACGAGACGUACGAGGAGAUGAUGGCACGACUGGACUACGAUGGAAAAGCACGGAUCAUCCAGAGAAACUAUCGAAUAUACAAGUUGUUGAAACACGUUCGAGAAUUCGCUAGAGAGUAUCGCGAGCUGGUAGCGAAUUGCGAACGGCAAGAAGCGGAGAAGAUAUUGAUGUACAGGAGGAGGCAUCAGCAGGAGAUCCUUCGAAGAAUCGAUCCGAAAACUCGGCUGGACUUCGACUUGCUGUACGAUUUGGUGGAGAAAUGGCGGCAGGAUCGUCUCGAGUGUGCGAAACGACGAUUCUUCAGACCGGCUAGAUGCGCGGAGAAUUACGCGAUCCUCGAGAAAACCGUGGAGAUGUUGAAGAUGAUCGACGAGAAGAGACAAGCCGUGCAGAAACGUCACAGAAAUCGAAAACGCGUGAAAUUCAUCGCGGUGAAUUGCAAGCCUAUUUCGUGGAACGGAUACAAGAACAUGCUGCUAGAGAUGGACACGACGAGAAAUCAGAAGGCACGAGAACUGAAGACGAUCUACGAUUCGUUGACGAAUUACAAGAUCAGUCGAGGGGAACGCAUGGAGAUACUGACGAUGCUGAAGAAAUCGUUGGAAGCGCACAAUUGCAUCGCUGCAUUCGAUUUGAUACGACUUCUGGACCAAGAGCUGACCUACUUGGCAAGAGAGAUGAAAGGCAUGUCGCUGGACUACUUUCGGGAGAGGAUAGUUUGUAAGAAAAAAAGGGAAUUCGUGAAAUUCUUAAACGUGGAGGAUGAGAAAUUACGCGAACCGAUCGAACCUGCGACGAAGAUGUGCCAUAGCUGCAUGAAACUGCUGCCUAAUCACAGAUUCACCAUUCACGGGAGGAUGAAGAGGUUGACUACUUGCAUCGGAUGCACUUGGCUGCGUGAAAGAAACAUCGCGCACGUGAGUUACGAUCCGUACAUAUUUCUUCUGAACUGCGUGCGCUCCGAGGAGAGGAAGAUGGAAUCACCGUCGGCUGUCGCGUUUACGAUGCAAAAACACGAUAUCUACCACUUGGUGAACAAUAUUUGGCACGGCCAUUCGGUCGUCAGCGGGAACAGAGACCUAUUUCUCCUGAGGAUCGUUCGAUACGAUAUGAAGAAGGAGUGGUCGCCUUGGAAUUGUAUCCUUCUGACAGACGAGGAGGCCGAGGUUCAUCGUUGGAUCAAGGAUCUCCCGUCCGUGUAUUCGGAGCCGCUUAUCGAACGGAUCCUGUUGUCUCAUCAGUUAGCGAAAAACCAAUUCAAGCACUUGAGAGAGUUCGAGGAAGAGUUUCGAGACGAGUUUCGUAAGAUCGAAGACAAAGCUGUGUACAAACCGGCGAUCAAAGUGAACGAUUAUCUGUUCUCGUGA